UGGCACAAUCGCCCCAUUCCGCCGGGAACCCGUCGGCGACAUCAUCUCGCCAUGUCUGCGCCGCCGCAACGUGCUGGCGUCUGGCUAUGCAGGCAGCCCUCCAGGUGCGUGGCAGCUCUGCCGGGGGCAGAGCCGGGCCGGCACCGCUUCAUGGUAGGCACCUGCGAUUUGCAGAGCCAGAACGAGAUCCACUUGGUGGAGUUUUCAGAGGACUCCGCGGAGAUCACUUGCAAGCAGUCCACGGCGACGGAUGAUGAGGUGUGGCUGAUCAGCCCGUCCCCUACGGACCCCCGGGUCGUACUGACGUCCGGCCUGAACCACGCGGGCGGAAAGAGUAGCCCGUCCCUGCGGCUCUUCCGGGACGCGGAGGGGCAGAUGUCGCAGACCCACCUGGCAGUAGACGAGGAGAACCCUUUGGCGCCGGUGAAGAGCGCCUUGUGGGAUCCGCACCAGGAGGGGACCAUCGUGGUGGCGGACUCUGAGGCCGUGCACACCUUCCAAGGGGCCAACGCUGGCGGGAAGCUCACGCGACAGCUGACGUUGCACGUGGGGCAAAGGUGCAGCGGGGCGUGUUUGGAUCCCCACCACCGGCAGCAGCUCUCCACGGUGGACGACGGGCAUCUGAAGACCUGGGACCUGCGGACCAGCAGAUUGGCCUUCCGCAAGGACGGGGCCCACCUGUUCGGGGCGAAGGAUGUGGACUACAACCCAAACGUGCCAUACCAAGUGCUGACUACCGGGGAGGACGCCUGUCUGCGGUUCUGGGACUUGCGGCAGCUGUCCAGCUGCUUGCGGUGCCUCUCCGGGGGUCACCACCAUUGGGUGGUGCGCUCGCGGUACAACUCCCAUCACGACCAGCUGGUCCUCUCCUGCGGCAGUGACUCCAUGGUCUGCCUUUGGCGCGCCGCCUCUGUGGCCUCGGCGCCGUUGUGCGAGACCGGUGGCCGGGCGAAUGCCGCGGACGGAUUGGUGCGGAAGUACGAGGAGCACGAGGACUCCUGCUACAGCUGCUGCUGGAGCGCCAGCGACGCUUGGGUCUUCGCCUCUGUGUCCUUCGACGGGAAGCUGGUUGUGAACCGCAUUCCUGGAGAGGAGAAGUAUCGGAUCCUCAUGUGAGGUUUGUUCAGCGGGAUGUCUGUUUGGACCCUUUUGCGA